UUAUGAUUUUUAUUAAAAAAUUGUAUACUGCAUGCUUUGGGGUAAAGUUUUAUGCGCCUUGCAGUCAUUUAUUUGAUAUGUUUUUUAUGUGUUGAUGUUUAUGCAAUAGAUAGAGUUGAUAUUAUUGCUCCCUCUUGUAAAGGAAUGGAGUCGAAUCUAACUCGCAUUAGAGAGUAUGUGAAAACUCUGGACCUGGAUGCUCAUAUUGCUGAAAAAAUAUAUAGCAAUGACAACCCAUUUUAUUCUAAUUCUGAUGAAUUUAGGGCAAAUGAUUUGAUUAACGCAUUGACAGAUAAUAGUAAGAUAAUUUGGUGUAUAAAAGGAGGGAAGGGGGCCUCUCGAUUAAUUUCUUACCUGGAAAGACUACCUGAUGAGCAAAAAGAAAAAAUUGCUCAGAAUAAAAACAAAAAGAUUCUGAUAGGUUACAGUGAUAUCACUCCUUUACAUAUCUAUCUGCAAAUAAAAUAUGAUUGGCAAACUCUUCAUGGUACCAUGCUGGAGAUGAUAGUAAAUACCCUAGUUUCUCAAGAUUCUAUUGAUAAACUACAAGCAUUAAUUCUUGGUAAGCAAGAUUCUAUUAGAUUUGAUAAUUUAAAGAUAAUUAAUGAAUUAAACCAUGGCAAUGGUAAUAUAAAAUCGACAAUCAUAGGUGGCAAUAUGACUUUGAUUGAAAACGGCGUAGGCACUACUUGGCAAAUAAAUGCAAAAGAUAAGAUUUUAUUUUUAGAAGACAUAGGGGUUUCUCCAUAUGCAAUGGAGCGUAGUUUAGAUCACUUAAAACAAGCCAAUAUUUUUGAUAAAGUAUGUGCGGUAAUUUUUGGUGAUUUUAUUAAUUCAGGUGAUGAUGAUUUAGUAGCAGUUGUCAAAAAGCGAUUUGCACAAAGCGUUAACUUUCCAGUGUUCACAAUGCACGGAGUGGGUCAUGGGUUCAUAAAUAAUCCCUUACCUUUGAAUACUUCUGCUGUUAUUAACAUUCAAGACGAAAAAAAAGGUUUAUUUUUUAUGGAUGUACAGAAUGUUAACUGUUCUCCCUAG